CGAGCGGCUAAGACGUGCGACUGAUAAACCGUUCUCCUCCUUUCCGUUUUCUGGAAACGCGUAGUCCUCACUUUUGACGUCGAAUCCCGUCUCAAUGAUGCGCGGGAUGAAUGUCAUUGUGUCGAAUGACACGUAUUUUGUAACACGCCGUCUCGAGAGAAAUUCACACGUCUCAACGUUAUCCGACAGAUUGGAGUAAAGUGAUAAACAUUGAUUGCUUGCGUGGGACGUGUAAAAUGUCAAACUGUCAGAUUCGCGUAUGCGAGACACUCGAGGUGUCAACUGGACCACUUGGAUGCAGUGAGCUGGAUUGGUGAUUGUGGCGAACGAUAAGAGGCAGUGCUCGUCGUAUGUGUCGUACUGUCAUGUUUAAAGUGUCAUGAAGCGAAGAAAUUUCGUAGUACUUUAGUAGUUUGGUGGAUAAAAACUAUGUGCAAUAGAUUAAUUAACGACGGGAUUGAAACUAUUAUAAAGUCGCGCGUGAAAACACUCUUUCAUUCAUAUGAAAUUUAAACGAACGCAGAAACUCCUCGAUACGCGUACGUAGACAAUGUGGUGAACUCUGGAAACCCGUCAACUAGAUCAAAUUUUUCCGACGGAAUCGACGUUCGAUUCACGAAGAUGAAGCGACGGUCGACCGGGUGUCCGCAGUCACCCGUCGUCCGGCACAAAGACGCUCCUGAUGACAGUCAUUGUAUCGCAUCGUCAUAAAUCCGCCUGCUCCAUCAACGUAAAAAGAAAGAGAGAGACGAGAGAGCCACUUUUGGAAACGCGCGAGAGGUCUUUAUCGGCGGUCAAUAGGACCGCCGGUCCUUCUCGGAUGCCUUUCGUACAUUACAUAUAAAAUCUGCUCCUCCGGAGAGGCCAGGCACCUGGAUACCCGAUGGCCGUCGGGCCCGGAAGUGCCGCGAUGGACCUCAGCACUACUCUGAGUAGUGCCUACAGAUACAAUCAGAACAUGAUGGAAUAUUACACCUGUCACGGCGGAGUCAACCAGCUCGGCGGCGUCUUUGUGAACGGAAGGCCCCUACCGGAUGUAGUCAGGCAGAGGAUCGUCGAGCUCGCGCACAGCGGCGUCCGACCGUGCGACAUUUCGAGACAACUCAGGGUAUCUCACGGCUGUGUAUCCAAGAUACUGUCGAGGUAUUACGAGACCGGUAGUUUCAAAGCCGGUGUCAUAGGAGGCUCCAAGCCGAAAGUAGCGACGCCGCCGGUGGUCGACGCGAUCGCUAAUUACAAGAGGGACAAUCCGACCAUGUUUGCGUGGGAGAUUAGGGACAGAUUGCUGGCCGAAGGCAUUUGCUCGCAGGACAACGUGCCAUCCGUCUCUUCCAUUAAUCGGAUCGUGAGGAACAAGGCGGCGGAGAAGGCCAAGCACGCGCAUCAACAACAGCAGGCGCAGCAGCAGCAAGGUCAGCAGCAAGGUCAGCCAGGCUCCGGCGGUUCCGUGUCGGUGAUAGCACAUGCACCUGCGACAGCGGCAGGUCAUCCCGCUGCCACCGCACCCAACGCCUACAGCAUCAGUGGCAUCCUGGGCAUCCCGGCGCAUCAUCAGGAUCCCAAUGGCAACAGCAUCAAGAGGAAACGCAGCGUUGACGACGAUAAUCGCGACCUGAACGACCAUGCGGAGAACGACUUGAAGAGGCAAAGAAACAACUACAACGGCGAUCAGCUGUAUUCAAACCUGUGGUCGAGUAAAUGGAGCAUCAAGGACGAGCACAAGCUCCUGAGCGAACUCGGCGGCAAUGGCACAAACGGUAGUGGAAACGGCGGCAGCGGCGGCGGAGGUGGUGGCGGCAACAGCGGCGGCGGUGGCGGUGGAGGUGGCGGAGGUGGCAGCGGUUACUACGAACACAGCGGAUUCCCCGGGAACGCUAUUGCCACCUCCGCCGAGCUGUACGACUCCCUGGGCACCAUCAGCACGAUGACGCAAGCGCAAACGCCCCAUCUCUACACUCCGCCCAUAGGGGGCACCAUAGCAGGUGGUACUUUGACGCCGCUCGCGCCACUGACGAUGCAAGAACUAAAAUUGAGCCAAACAUUGGACGGGGCUAACAUGUCUCCUUACCACACCACCGCAGAGAGCAGUACCGUCGCAGUAUCGUAUGUCGGGGUGGGGGCCGGUGGGGGCGAGCAAAGUCCCCCGAUUUCGUUGCAGAACGAGACAAACGCCACCCCCGCGGCCCCCAACACCCCCGGAGGGGAUCCCGGACUGACGGUCUUGCAGCCGCCAGUUUCUCAGCCCCAAGUAGCCUCUGCGAUACCGCCGUACUCGACGAUGCUCCCAAGUUUCGGACACUACGCCACCGGUGGUGGCGAUUAUGCGUAUAGUGCUGCGUACUCCCAGUACUCGAGUGCACCCUACAGCGGCUAUGGUUAUGGGGCAGCGACAAGCGGGUUGCUCAAUUCCACGUACUACUACUGCAACGGAGACACGUCCACCCACACGUCGCAGCAGGGGGGCGGCGGUGGCGGCGGUUGCACCGGCGGUGGUCCGGAGAGCAGCGCCGACGUGGCCAGCCGUUCGCCCCUGGCGGCGACGAGAGCCAGCAGCGGGGCCAGCGCGGCCUCGCCGACCGGAAGCGCGUGCACCAAGCCGGACCACACCUCCGUCACGCCGACGGACCUCUAUCUCGCCUGAUGGUCGAACCGCGCGAAUAUCGGGGGGAAUGGCCUCUGGCCGAGUGUCCUCCCGGCGAUCGGCGGGGAGGCAGCGGGCUCUGCGACAACGGCCGCCAUAUCACGAAGAGACACCACGUCGAAAUUAAGCAAUGAUCUCUGAUUUAACCGCAUCGGGAAGGCGCGCGGUGGAGGGUUCGCAUGUAGAAUCUAUUGAACGAAUCAACGACAGCAGAGGAAGAUCGAAGAAUCUUUUGGGACGUCGAUGGAAACCUGGUAAAACGACGUUUUCGGAUUAGAGACGUCGAAGAGAUUCUAGAAAUUUUGUAAACGUUGAACGUGGAUCGGAGGGAGAACUUGAGAAUUCUGAUUUAAUUGAUAAGCGCGCGAUGUGAUACCAGGUAAAGCGAACUUGAUGCGAGUGACGUCGAUCGUGUCGAAAUUGGCGUACAGAGCUCCCUCGCGUCGCCGCUACAAAUGUCAGUUACUGCGUUUUAUUUAUUUCCAUUGCGAUCCGAGGAAACAAUCGUCGAUCGAUUUCGAUCAAUCGAUCGACUCGUAAAUUGCCGACAAUUGGCGGCGACGCGAGUAGAUCGAACGCUCGAGAGUCGAUCACGUCGUAGACGAUAUCGCUGCGGCUCUCUGGACAGAGCACGCGGUGAUAGGUAGUUUAAUUUAAUGAUCCUCAGUUAGCGUAAUUUCCGCGCGAUGGUCCACGCGAGCGCGCGCUUGCGUUAGCAAACGUAGUCGCCGACCAUGUAAAUAUAUAUAAAUUGAACAUAUAUAAAUAAGAAUACAAAAAAUAUAUAUAUAUAUAUAUAUUAUAUAUAUGAUCUGUGUAAACAAAAAAGUCAAGCGCUCCGAUGGCACGUUUAUUCUCUCCCGUAGGCACGACGAACCCCUCCUCAUCCCCUAAGAGUAUCGUAGAAUAUAACUCGAUAAGUUUGAGAUUUUUAAAUCAGGAGUCGACGUAACGAUCACUACUGUUAAGGAUAUUAUAUAUAUUUUUUGUAGAAACCAAAGACCAUACACACACACAGACAUACACGAAAUGCGCGAGCAAAUCCAUAAACACAUGCACGUACACAUGUCACACGCGUACCACCCACGCACGCAGCACGCACAGGCAUUGAUACACGUAACGCGGAUAGUCGAACGAACGAGCACGUCGCGCAACUGCGGCAAAAAGCGUGCUGGUUUUGAGCGGCGGAUAUUUUUCCGCACGGAUGUAUCACGCGUAAUCGCGAGCGGCGUGUAUAGGAUCGACGUAAAGUCAUUAAUUAAAGAACAAAAUAAUGGAGAUAAUUGAAAUAAAAGAGAUAGCUUAAACAAUUUUAAAAUUAAAAUAUUCUUUCACUGUCCAUGCUCGAUUAAAAAAGAAAUUUGUUGUCAAGAUAAGCAUGUGAAUCGCAGCAGGAUAUCGAGCGCCAUUGUAUGGAGAGCAUUCGUACUCGUGAUAAUUAGCGCAAGUCGGCGCAUGGACAUUUCCUCGACGGCCCGGCGAUCACGCUCGUUCCCCCGUUCCGUUCGACGCGCUUCCGCUUUACGGCGGAAGCCGUGCUGCUUCCCGCUCACCGUCGGGCAGAACGCGCCCGAAGAAGAUUAUCACGAAGGCGCAAUUAGCGGCCGGGCGCGUCGGUGAUUUUUAAUGAGAAAUUACGCUCGCGCGAGAGAGCAGUUCCCCGAUUUAAUAAUCGCGCUAAUCAUUGACGCCUCGGCAGCGGCACGCGCUACCAAUUUCAUGCGUCUCGGAAUUAAUUCAGCCAGUACGCCGUACAACGUUGUAGAUCAGAAAUUGCUUGGCGAUACUUAAUCCGACAAUUUCUAGUCACACACGCGCGCACACAUAUAUAUACAUACAUACAUACAUGCAUACAUACAUACAAUGCACACAUACACACAUACGUACACAAAUAUACUCAAAGGGAAGGUGCGCUAGUGAACAAAAUAUUGCAAUAUGUUUGAAGUAAUCCAAAGGCGAAUAUUGUCUUAUAAUGUUAAACAGGUCGAUGUGUAAGAGACAUUAUUUGAACUGUUAGCGUCGAUCCAAAGCGCACUCGCGAAAUCGAAAUUAUCGAUCCUAGCUAACUGGCCAAAUUUCCCAAAUCUCUCACCUAAUGUUCCGUCCGUGUCGAUCGCCUUUCGCCCGAUAAUUAGACCGUAUUCACGAGGAUCAAACGUUUCGUCCCCCACAUCAUGUUUUUUGCAUUACGCUCUUUAGCAACUUUUAUCUUGAUUGAAAGCUAAUUAACAAUUGUAAUUAGCGAUUGCAAAGAAAAUCAUUUAAUUGUUAGUCGAACGGCAAAUUGCGAUAUUACUUACACUCACAAUAGCGUGAUACGAAGCCGUGCGGGAAGGUAUAAGCGCAGAUGCAGAAAAAAAUGCGAGAUUGCUACCGUUUUCUUCUUUCGCGCUCUCUAUAAAUCCCGGCGACACAACUUUCCCAGUUCGGUACCGUCGAACGAAAAGCACAAAUUUUUAGAAUAGUUCGAAAAGCGAUAACGAAUGCGUAUACGUUUGCAUCUUGAAUAGCCGAACAUCGGCUGGAUGUUGCGUCCGAUGCUCGGUGCGAUUAUCCCGCGAUCGAUUAUUGCAUACUUAUACAUUGUUAUUUUAUUGCUAUUAUCGUAAUGAAGCUGAUUAUAUAUAUAUUAAUUCUUAUUCUAUUUGCUAUUUUCACUAUUUUCAUUAUUUUAUCACGAUUAUUAUUAUUAUUAUUAUUAUUAUAUUAUUAUUAUUAUUAUAUUAUUAUUGUAUCAUCAUCACACACAUCUUUAUUAUAUUAUUAUUUAAUACCUUUAUUAUUUAUUAAUUGUAAUGAUGACCUAUGUGUAAUAAGUUUUGCCAAAGAACCUGUCGAGAGAGCAAUAUUGCAGUAAACGUUUUCUAGCCUCCAUAGGAGAAAAAGCAGUCGAUGAAGCACGAUUAAUAAUAUUGAAAAAUUAAGUGUGAAAAACGCAGAGAUAAAUGACUGUGCGCGGCAUUCAAGCGAUAGGCGAAAAAUUUAUGAAAAUUGUCCGCACAAAUUGUAGAUUCGCGAAUCUCUGUGAGAUUUCGACUCGAGGAUGCCGCGGCCGUGCAUUUUUAAAUGAACAUAAUUGUCUCAUUUUAUUUCGUUUCGUCUCCCGUGUGAUAUUCUUGUUCCGUGCGCCGCUCUUGCCGAGUCUCGCUGUUGAUACUUGCAAACAAAACUCUGUACAUCCUUUUUAAAUAAAUAUGAGGUUUAUAUGAACGUGGUCUCUACGCUUUUUAACUCUCUAUAAUUUCUUCCCUCUUCAUCGUAUAUUAUGUAUUUUAAAUAAAUAUAUAACGUUUAUAUGAACUUCA